AGCCUGGAGGAGCGGUGUAACCGGAUCCUGAGGAACAUGGAGGCCUCUCUGACAGCCCGGGAUCGCGUGGGCAUCCAGGAUUUCGUUCUUUUGGACGCCUACACGAGUGAGACUGCCUUCCUGGACAACCUGAGGAAGCGCUUCCAUGAGAAUCUCAUUUACACCUACAUUGGGACUCUCUUGGUGUCGGUCAACCCAUACAAAGAGUUAGAUAUCUACAGCAAGAAGCAAAUGGAUACCUACAUGGGCGUAAACUUCUUUGAGCUGCCACCUCAUAUUUAUGCGCUAGCAGACAACGUCUUCCGCACCAUGCAGUCUGAGUUCAGCAACCACUUCAUCCUCAUCUCAGGGGAGAGUGGGGCCGGCAAGACCGAGGCCUCCAAGAAAAUCCUGCAAUUCUAUGCCGUCAGUUGUCCAAGUACCAAACUCCUGAACAACGUCCGGGACAGGCUCCUUCUCUCCAAUCCAGUGCUUGAGGCUUUUGGAAAUGCCAAAACCCUGAAGAAUGACAACUCAAGCCGCUUUGGGAAAUACAUGGACAUCCAGUUCGACCACCAGGGUGGUGCAGUUGGCGGACACAUCCUCAGCUACCUGCUGGAGAAGUCCCGCGUGGUCCACCAGAAUCAUGGGGAGAGAAACUUCCACAUCUUCUAUCAGCUGGUGGAGGGAGCAGAGGAAGAGUUGCUGCGCUGGCUUGGCCUGGAGAGAAACUGCCAGCACUACAGUUACCUGGUGCAGGGUGAUUGUGCCAAAGUUAGCUCCAUCAAUGACAAAAGUGACUGGAAGAUGGUGCGGAAAGCCCUCUCUGUCAUAGAGUUCAGUGAGACCGAUAUUGAGCACCUGUUUGGAAUAAUUGCUAGCGUGCUACAUCUGGGAAAUAUCAAGUUUGAAGCAGAUGUUCGAGGAUAUGCGUCUCUCAACAACAACCAGGAGAUGCACUGGGUGUCAAAGUUGCUGGGGAUUCCUACUCAGGUGCUACAACAGGGCUUAACCCACAGGAAGAUUGAAGCCAAAACGGAGGAGGUGUUUAGUCCCUUCUCUGUGGACCAUGCAGUAUAUGCCAGGGAUGCCCUUGCCAAAGCCAUCUAUGGUCGCACGUUCAACUGGCUGGUCAACAAGAUCAAUGAAUCUUUAGCUAACAGGGAUUCCUCCAGGAAAACAGUGAUUGGUCUGUUGGACAUCUAUGGUUUCGAGGUUUUCAAUGUGAACAGCUUUGAACAGUUUUGCAUCAACUACUGCAAUGAGAAACUGCAGCAGCUUUUCAUCCAGCUGACCCUCAAGUCAGAGCAGGAGGAGUACGAGAUGGAAGGGAUUGAAUGGGAACCAGUGCCAUAUUUCAAUAACAAGAUAAUUUGUGAUCUUGUGGAGGAGAAACACAGAGGAAUCAUUUCUUUAUUGGACGAGGAAUGUUUACGUCCCGGAGAGGCCACAGAUCUCACCUUACUGGAGAAGAUGGAGGAAAAGAUUGGUGGUCAUCCUCAUUUUGUCACACAUAAACUUGCCGACCAAAAGACGAGGAAAACACUGGAAAGAGGAGACUUCCGCCUCUUGCACUAUGCUGGGGAGGUUACAUACUGUGUUGUUGGAUUCUUGGACAAAAACAAUGAUCUCUUGUAUCGAAAUGGGAAAGAGGUAAUGCGACAGUCCAAGAAUGCAAUUAUCAAACACUGUUUUCCUUCUUCUGAACCGGACAGCAAGAGGAGACCUGAAACUGUGGUGACUCAGUUUAAGAGCAGCCUGGUGGGCUUGACUGAGAUCUUAAUGUCCAAAGAGCCCUGGUACGUCCGCUGCAUUAAACCCAAUGAAGCCAAGCAGCCAGGACGCUUUGAUGAUGUGUUGGUGAGACAUCAGGUGAAGUACCUGGGGCUGAUGGAGCACCUGAGGGUCAGGCGUGCUGGGUUUGCUUACCGACGCAAAUAUGAAAUCUUUCUCCAAAGGUAUAAGCCUCUGUGUCCCGACACCUGGCCCAACUGGAAAGGUACGGCGGCGGAAGGUGUGCAUCGCCUGAUAAAACACCUGGGCUACAAACCUGAUGAGUACAAGAUGGGCAGGACCAAAAUCUUCAUCCGACAUCCAAGAACUCUGUUUGCAACAGAAGAUGCCUUUCAGGUCUGCAAACAUAAGCUAGCAACAAGGAUUCAGGCCAAGUACAAAGGCUACAGAGUUAAAGGAGACUAUUUAAAACAGAGAGAGGCUGCCACUAAGAUUGAGAACUGCUGGAGAGGUCUGAUGGCGAGAAAGGAGCGUGAAAAGAGGGCAUGGGCUGUCAAGGUCAUCAAGAAGUUCAUUAAAGGUUUCAUAACUAGAAACCAGCCAGCCUGCAUUGAGAACAGUGAGUACCUGGCCUAUGUGAGGCAGAACUAUCUUACACGGCUGCGGGAAACCCUUCCCAAAACAGUCCUGGAGAAAGACUCGUGGCUCACCCCUCCACCUAUAAUGCAGGAGGCUUCUCAACUCUUGAAGAAGCUCUACAUUCGCCACAUGGUCGGGAAGUAUGUCCGAGGAAUGACCCCACAGAGGAAAGCGCAGCUUCUGCUAAAAGAACAGGCGAGCUCCAUGUUCAAAGGAAAGAAAGAAAACUAUCCCUACAGUGUGUGCAGACCGUUCGUGGACACCAGGAUAGGUGCAGAGGACAUAAACAUCAAAGUGCUUCAGAUGAUUCGGCAUGAGCAAAUCAAGUACAGCGUGCCAGUGGUGAAGUAUGACAGGAACGGGUUCAGGCCCCGUCUCCGGCAGCUCAUCUUCACCCUGGAAGCUGCCUACCUGGCUGAAGAGGCCAAGAUCAAGCAGCGGAUAGAUUACAGCUCUCUGAAAGGUGUGUCCGUCAGCAACCUGAGUGACAACUUCCUGAUCCUUCAUGUUACAUGUGAUGAUAUCAAGAAAAAGGGGGAUCUGGUUCUGCAGUGUGACUACCUGUUUGAGGCCCUGACUAAGCUGACUGUUAUUGCCAACAAGCAGAACUACAUCAAAGUGGUCCAGGGCAGUGUGCGAUUUGACAUCCAGCCUGGCAGAGAGGGGUUUGUGGACUUCAAGAGUGGUCAGGAGUCCAUGGUUUACAGGGCAAAGAAUGGCCAUUUGAUGGUGGAAUCGACGAAAACCAAGUCCAGAUGA